CUGACAAACAAAUCAUCAAACUGGCAAAAGUAACCUUUGACACGACGGCUCAUGAGUAGCAUUCGGUCCAGUGAGCGAGAUCGUAUUACUGUGAAGAUUCAUAACAUGAAACGUAGCGCAUCGCGCGAAUCUCCACCCAGAUCAAAGCGACGCACCAGUAUUGGCCGUUACGACGACAGCUCCGACGAACGAGUAACCCCUGACAGAAUGCGACGACGUGUGGCCCGUUCUCCCAGCCCGCGGGCACGCUAUGCUUCACCGCACCGUGACGAGUACGCCUCGUCCCGCAGCCGGGCCGAGAUUGGCGGUGGUGGUGGUGGCGGCGGUGGCGUUGACCGAUACACGUACAAGGUGCUCUGCGUGAGUGCCAUCCAUCCGAAAGCAUCGGAAGAAUUCAUCAAGGAAACGCUGUACCGGGAGUACAAAAAGUUUGGCGAUUUUAGUAUCCGCAUUUCGCACGAUCUAGACGAACGGUUGGCGUAUGUUUGUUUCCGCACGCCGGAAGAUGCCCGUGAAGCAAAGCAUGCCAAGUCGCGCAUCAUUCUGCACGAUAAGGUAGCGCUGGUUGAGCCGGUGUAUGAAUCACCCAAGACGGAAUCCUACCGACGGCCACGGUCGGCCUCACCGUCCGAGUACGAUCGGCACUACUAUGCUCGAUCGCCCGGGGUUCCACCGCCGGAUCGUCGUCGUCCACCGGAGCAUCAUCCGUACGAUGGUUAUGGGCCACCGCCGGGUGGCCGUAUGCAUCAUCCCGAUUUUAGACCACCGAUGCAUCAUGAUUACUUACCGCGUGGGCCACCGAUGCAUCAUCAUGGUCCACCGCACCUUCAUCCGGGACCACCGCAUCACCACUACAUGCCACGGCCGUACAUGCCCAGACCUCGGGCACCUUUUGAAAAGCCGGAAAAUAAAAAGGACAAAUUCCCCAACUAUCUGCAUCACAUUCAGCCGGAAGAUGAUCCACUCGCUACGCGCACGCUGUUUGCAGGCAAUUUGGAAAUUAACAUCUCGGACGACGAGCUGCGCCGUAUCUUCGGUAAAUAUGGGCUGGUUGAGGAUAUUGACAUCAAGCGUCCGGCACCGGGCACGGGCAAUGCUUUCGCAUUCGUACGCUACCAAACGCUCGAUAUGGCACACCGUGCAAAGGUGGAACUUUCUGGUCAGUAUAUUGGCAAGUUCCAAUGUAAGAUUGGGUAUGGUAAAGCGACCCCAACGACACGCAUCUGGGUUGGUGGGCUCGGCGCUUGGACCUCCGUUACACAGCUCGAGCGUGAGUUUGAUCGGUUUGGAGCGAUUAAAAAGAUUGAGUAUGCAAAGGGCGACAAUCAGGCUUACAUUCUGUACGAUUCGAUCGAUGCAGCAACGGCGGCAGUAAAGGAAAUGCGUGGUUUUGCACUGGGCGGACCGGAAAGACGCAUUCGGAUCGAUUUCGCGGAUAACGGAACGGCACCACCGUUCCCCAAGCGUCCAUUUGAGGAAGGUGGUGCUGGUGGUGGUGGUGGCGGUGGUGGAGAAUAUCGCCGUGUGCCGGAGUACGAAUAUCCAGAAGGUGCCCCACCGUACGAUGAUGUCCCGCCGGGUUACGGUGGUGGAGGUUAUGGAGCGCGUUCGUUCCGUGGUCGUGGAAGUGGUGCCGGUGGUGGCGGAAGCGGUGGUUACCGUGGUCGGGGUGGUGGCAGUGGAAGCUUCCGCGGUGGCUUCCAUCACGAAGCGCACCGACCGGCAGGAGGAGGUGCCGGUGGUCCACCACACCAUGGGCCGGGCGGUGAGGAAGAGUGGCGCCGUCCUGCGGGUGGUGCUGGUGAGCCAGGCGAAUACGAUCAGCGUCGUCGUUCGGGUUCCCGCGAACCGGGCGGUAUUGAUCGGUCUCGCUCACGGUCACCGCGUCGUCGUAGCCCGGCCGAUUCGGAUUCCGACUCAUCGACACGGCGCAACGGUGUGCUGACGACCGCCAGGACACUGUCGGAGGUGGCACGAAAAUCGAGCACCGUCUGGCAGGGUGCACUCAUACUAAAGAGUUCACUCUUCCCGGCUAAAUUCCAUCUGACCGAUGGAGACGCGGACAUUGUCGAUGGACUGAUGAAGGACGAGGACGGUAAGCACCAUCUACGCAUCACACAGCGCUUGCGUUUGGAUCAACCAAAGCUGGAGGAUGUGCAGAAGCGCAUUUCGACCUCGUCGUCGCAUGCCAUCUUCCUUGGGUUACCCGGUUCCAGCCCGACCGUCUCGUCCGACGAUGCCAGCGUACAGACGCGUCCCCUGCGCAAUCUGGUUACGUACCUGAAGCAAAAGGAGGCGGCCGGUGUUAUUUCGCUGCUAAACAAAGAAACGGAAGCGACGGGCGUACUGUACACUUUCCCGCCAUGCGAGUUCUCAACAGAACUGCUCAAACGCACCUGUCACACACUGACCGAGGAGGGUCUUAAGGAGGAUCACCUUGUGAUUGUGGUUGUGCGUGGUGGGACCGCCUAGGAGCGGGAGGAAGAUUCUGACGAUCACGAC